UUCGACGGCGCUCUAUCCUAUGACUCGGCAGGCGAUCUGACACGAGAGCACGCGCCUUAUGAGCGAAUAUGGAUCGGAGAUCCAGGCCCGGAGAUGGACCGUCUAUGGGAUCAUGUUGAAGCUGCAUCGAGAGUACUCUUGCAAUGGGCCGAGGCAGACCUUGUGCGGGAUCGUAUUACGCUUAGGAACAGUUACUCGGUAACAGGUCUCGAUGUUUUCCACCAGGUCCAUUGCAUUGUAUGCUCUGUCUAUGAGAUUGAGUCAUCUACUGACACUAACAAUGGAAAUCUGGCAGAACACUGCCUCGACUACGUGCGACAGGCCGUUCUAUGCAAUGCCGACAUCACCCUUGUGACUCAUAAAUGGCUCGAGUCGGCACAGAUGUUUGGACCCAAUUUCUGCACACAGCACACAUCCAGAAGUUCGAGGCACUGA